CACACACACACACACGGACGCUCACUCACACACGUACACACACAUAUUUAUAAACACACAGAAGACUGAUAAACAAAACUCUGCCCUCCAACCAGGGCAUGCUGGACAUUAUUCUGGAAGAAAUUUGAUUUAUUUAAUCUGAAAAGAUGCAGUUCAUGCUGCUGUUCAGCAGGCAAGGCAAGCUACGCCUGCAGAAAUGGUAUGUUCCUCUGUCUGACAAGGAGAAAAAGAAGAUCACACGGGAGCUGGUGCAGACCGUCCUGGCACGGAAGCCCAAGAUGUGCAGCUUCCUGGAGUGGAGAGACCUCAAGAUUGUUUACAAAAGGUACGCCAGUUUGUAUUUCUGCUGCGCCAUCGAGGACCAGGACAACGAGCUGAUCACCCUGGAGAUCAUUCAUCGCUACGUGGAGCUGCUGGAUAAGUACUUCGGCAGUGUGUGCGAGCUGGACAUUAUCUUCAACUUCGAGAAGGCCUACUUCAUCCUGGACGAGUUUCUUUUGGGUGGUGAAGCUCAAGAGACGUCCAAGAAGAACGUCCUGAAGGCAAUCGAACAGGCUGACCUGCUGCAGGAGGAAGCAGAGACCCCUCGCAGCGUUCUGGAGGAGAUCGGACUCACCUAAACGGAGGAGAAGGACACGCCGUCUUUAACACACACACUCACAGUUUGUCUGUUUAAAGAUGUAGCACACACACACACACACACACAUAUAUAUCGUAGUGCAGUUUGACAAUACAUAUGUCAUUAUUUUUUUCUCUGAAUGCUUUAAAUGACACACACACACACAUACACACACACACAAUGUAGCACUGUACAGCUUCAUCAGGAAAACAGCCCUGACAUUUCCUUAACUCAACUCAGCCUUAAGAUCAGCUCAAGUUUACACUCUGUACUUGAUGACGUCAUCGAUCAUAAUCGUUUGGCUUCUGCACAUUAACAGAAGAAAAAAAGGGAAAAAAAGCAAAGCAUCACAUUACAGGCUACAUACUGUAUUGCCUGUAAUAAAAAAAAAGUAUUUCAGUGCUCUUUCAACAUUAUUUUGGAUUACAGCACGAAACCAGGAAGGGAAAAAUAAAAUAUAAGUGCCGCACCGAGCCGAGAGAUUAUUUAGGCUGGCAGAUGAUCGUGUACCUCAAAAUGUAUUUUAGGUCUGCAUAAAUACCAGAACUAAAGACACAAAACAUGCAUUUGGUUAAAAAAUCAAAAAAGUCCAUUUUGAUAUUAUUUUAUUCCAAAAUGUCUGGGUUUCACUGUGCUUUGAGAAAAAGUGUAGCUUAGUAGGAUAGAAAGGUUUUUAGGUACUUUUAGGUACUCUGCUCAGAAGAACGUACGACAUAAGAGAGCACUUUUGUUAUCUGGUUCUUUUGUUAAUUUAAGUUAAUUUUGCCCAAUCUGACCAAAUAUAAAAAGUUAGCACUUAAAUUAAAUAUUCUAUUACAGCAGCACCUCGGCAUACGAAUGCCUUUUUUUUUUUUUUUAUUUGCAUCGGCAUACAAAGCAUUUUUCGACAAACAAACCUAACACUGGUAAAGUCGCACAUACGCCUGGGAGCCCCUCAUUUUUACGGAUUGUUUUUCACGCUGUAUGAAAAAGUCAAUCCAUGAUAACAAAAGCUGCCUUCAAAAGCUACGUGAUUUUCCGCGCAUUUUUCAAUUUUUAAAAAAUUGGUAAUAUUUUUGGCUGGCUGGAACGGAUUAUUUGCAUUAACAUUAUUAUUUUUCCGAAAUGAAUUCAAUUCGUACGACGAGGUUCCUCUGUAUACUGUAUAUUUCAAGAUCACAACAAAAUUACAACAAUAUAGUGAAUUCCCUGAGCGUUCAGCUUGUGAUUAUGAUUUUACUAACAGAACUUGAAGGCAGCAGAAGUUUGUCAUAAAAUCUUAUGUUACUUUGGGGAGAAUGCAAAAAAAAGAUUUUUAAAAAAUUCAUGCUCGUUCCUCUACCUCAAAUCUCUUUCUUAUCAAUUUACCUUGCUGUUUUUUUAUUUAUUUUUUUAGGUCAUUUAAAUUUGUUAAAGCAAAAAUGCAAUUUUUUUAACCAUCUAAAAUUAUUUUAAUUUUUCUUAAUAAUUAUUGGUAUGGAAUAUUUUUUUUCUUCACUUUGACUUUGUACUUGAUUCGGAUUAGUGGCACUAAUUCUUCUUUAAACGCAUUAUGGUUCUGUGCUUUAAUAAGUAAAUAGCGAAAGGCCCGAGAGAGCAGCUCACAUACUUUUUCUAGGCGCAGUGGCCUUGGAUAGAACAGAACAUGAAAGAAUUAAUUUAACAGUUGGAGAAUUGAAAAAGUACAUUUUGGAAAUGGAAAAAAAAAAUUAUUACUACAAAAAAAGGGGGAUAGAAAGAGAUUUAUUUACAAAACCAAAGAGUUUAUCAUUUAUGUUUUCUAUCAGUUUUCCAUGAUGUAUACGCAGCAGGGUUGCAGGUCAGAGCAGAGAGCACGAGAGACGCGUGGACUUCCCGGCACUGAGCGUUCCCGAUCAUCGGCGAUGAUUCACUGUGUUAAACUACUGAUUGUCGAGCGACACCGAAAUGCUGUAACUCUUCAGUUUUAAAGCAGCACUUUGUCAUUUUUAGAAUGGAGUGAAUUAGAAUUAAAGAAAUUCCUGACGGACUGCUCCUUUAAAUGACGUCACACAUUCAGACAUCUAUAAUCACGGCUCACUUUGUUUUAUGUCACAUUCACACGUAUAUCCACGUUAUAUUCCACUUAUAUCGAUCACUGAUAUCCAGUAAACCUGUAAUGCUGUGAUUUUUGCUAUAUCUGGCCUCCAUGGCCCACCGGAUCCUCCUCCGUUCCCCUUCACCCGACCGUCUCCACAUGUUGUGGUUCAGAGUGAAUCCGUCCUGCUGUGUUUGUGGCUCAACAUGGAAUAAAAUUUGU